CAGCAGAGACGACUGGGAUUGAACAACUCUCUCUCUCACUCUCUCUCUCGCCCCCGUUACCUGGAUCUGUGCUGCGCAUCCGCGUGGAUGCAUCUCGCGCCUCAUUGUCAUUCAUUCCGCGUUCAUGCGCUUCGCUGCUGCUUCAUUUUCCAUACGAUAUCUCGCUGUGGGUCAGAUUGGCUUCUUUUAUUUCCAACGCACAGCAAAUGAUGUGGACAGCCAACGAUCCCGCAAGUGUUUAGUUCUUCUCAGACUCUGAGGACACAAGAGUGCGCGUGCUGUGUGUUGCUGAUCUCGUGGCCAGGAUGAUUCCUCGCUGAGGAUGCACUAUGAUGGAUGUUCAUGUUCCAGUAUCUUCAUCUUCUUCUUCUUCUUCUUCAUCAUGUCUCCAGCAGCUCCGGUCACUGACAGCAGUGCUUCUGAUGUCCUGCACGAGCACGAGCACACGGACGCGCCGCGGGAACUGCAACGACCCUUGAAGCAGUCCCUGAGCAAGUGCCUGUGUCGCGACUCACACUGGAAAUGCCUUCUUCUGUCGCUGCUAAUGUACAGCUGCGUGAUCGCGAUGACCUGGUGCCAGGUCACGAAGGUCACGCGCCUCUCCUUCGACAGCGCCUUCAAGGGCAAGUCCAUGAUGUACCACGACAGUCCCUGUUCAAACGGCUACAUCUACAUCCCAGUGGCUUUCCUCGUCAUGCUCUACGUGGUUUACCUGGUCGAAUGUUGGCAUUGUAACUCACGCAACGAACUUCAGUUUAAAGUAGACCUGGAGAGCAUCGCCGAGCGCGUGCAUCGCAUGCAACAAGCCACGCCUUGCAUCUGGUGGAAGGCUAUUAGCUAUCACUACGUACGCCGGACGAGACAAGUAACUCGCUACCGCAACGGGGACGCUUACACGACCACGCAGGUUUACCACGAGCGCGUGAACACACACGUCGCCGAAGCCGAGUUUGAUUACGGGAACUGCGGGGUUAAAGACAUUUCCAAGCACUUAACAGGCCUAGACAGCUUUCCGGUGACCAGGCUACGCUUCACCAAGUGCUUUAGUUUCGCUAACGUCGAGUCCGAGAACUCCUAUCUGACGCAGAGAGCGCGUUUCUUCACCGAAAACGAAGGACUUGACGAUUACAUGGAAGCUCGUGAAGGAAUGCACCUCAAAAAUGUCGAGUUUAAGGAAUACGUGCUUGCAUGUGCCGAUCCGGAUCGCUUGCCUUGGUACGUGUCGCAGUUUAGCUUCUGGUUGGCGGCGACGCUGACUUUAUCCUGGCCGUUGCGCGUCCUAACGGAGUAUCGGACGGCGUACCUUCAUUAUCACGUGGAGAAGCUUUUUGGGUUUGACUAUGUCGCCGUUACGCCGCUGGACGAGAGGCCGUUUUGCCGCCGCAUCCCUCGGGUAAACACCAUCGACAGCACAGAGCUUGAGUGGCACAUUCGCUCCAACCAACAACUCGUUCCCAGUUACUCGGAAGCCGUGCUAAUGGAUCUGGCACAGCAGUCCAGCUGUAACACGUUCUCGUCUCGUGGGAUCGGCGCGGCCGGUGGAAGUGGCUUCGGUGGAUAUCGGCAAAACUGCGAACGCUGUCAUCGGUCCAUCAGCAGCUCGUCGAUAUUCUCGCGUAGCGCAUUGAGCAUCUGCAACACUAGCAGCCCGCGAUUACCCUUCAGUGGCAGCCGGUUCUCGCUGGGACGUUUGUACGGCUCACGUCGUAGCUGCCUUUGGAGAAGUCACAGUAGUAGCUUAAACGACCCCGGCUGCCCGACGGAAAGCACGCGAUGUUUGGCCGGUCAGUCAGCCAAUGAGGAGAGCCCACCUUCUCCACCGGCCUAUCAGGACGCGCUGUAUUUCCCCGUACUGAUUAUCCACCGUAACGAGGGCUGCCUCGGUCAUGACCGCCAUUCAUUGCACCGUAACGGAUCCUGUGUGGAGACUUCGUUAUAGCGUUUGCUAAAGGACGAAAACGCAA